ACCGAAAUAUCGUUUCGGAGCGGAAAACGAUGACACCGCCACUGAGAUCCUAUCGUAUCAAUUUGAGUUCGUGCGAACUAAUUCCAUCUUAUCGAAAUAUUACGCGACAAAACUUCAAAUGGCCUGUACGACAAGUUGGGCAAAAACGGCUUGGCAGGGAACGUGUUAAUAAGAUUUCCACUGCAGCAAUCCGCGGGAAAACUCUCUCAGCUGCUAUGACUUACAAGAUAUGAUGGAAAGCAAUGCUACAUAUAAGUACAGAGUGAUACCUCUUCACCAUCGACCUGAUUUGAUCAAAGAUUGUUAUAAGUUACUUAAUUCUGAAUGGCCUCGAAGCGAAACUGCACGAACGAAAUCUCUGAAGGUGUCUUGUGAUGAAUUUCCCACAUCUCUGAUUCUGAUUAAUGAUAAGGAUAAAGUUCUUGGACAUUGCAAAAUAUCUCUGGUUGGUAGAUUGAAAAUUAGUUGCUACAUAGAAUCUGUUGUAAUCGACUAUCGAUAUAGAUCUCAAGGAUUAGGAUCUAGAUUAUUGCGUGACAUGGAAGAGUACGUUGUGAGAAAGGGUCUGAGAAAUAUUUAUCUAAGGACAGUUGGUCAGGAAGUGUUUUACUAUAAGAACGGGUACAAGGUAUGCGAUCCGUUCAAAGCGUAUGGCAUUAACGACAUCAUAACAGCUAGUCCGCCUCUCGACAAAACAAAAUUCAAGGAACGGAACGCCGAUCAGGCCGGACAGCCACCACCACCGCCACCACCCCCGAUGCCGGCAUUGCAUCUGUCGAAAUUUUUCGAUACGCGAAUGCUAUCCCAAAAAACACACAUGGUAAAGAAAUUAGUAUACUAGCAUUGUAUUAAAAUAUUACAUUUUUCCUUGUUCUUUUGUUUGGAUUCAUGUCGAUUGAAAUUAGACGGUUAAAAAAGAAUAUGGUUAAAAUAAAAUCGAGUAGAACAAGAAACAAAGAAUAAACUAUAAAACAGGAUAGAUAAUUUAAUAUAUCAUAUUUUAGUAGAAGACUUGAACAGUGUUUUGUUCAGAUCAUAUUCAUUAGUGAACAUUGAUUAGGCAAAUCGUUUCGCAUAAUUAUAAGGCAAAUAAAAAUGCAUUUGACUUUUCAAUUUACCCAAGCAA